UCUUUCUCCCCGACAGCGCAGCUUAGUGGCAGGAAAUGGGCAGGGAGCACUGGAACCAUUCCACCACUGGCUUUGUCCUGACAAGCCUUUUUAACAACAGCCAGACACACCUGUUUCUGUUCAGCAUGGUGGUCUUGGUCUACAUCCUUGCUGUGGCCGGCAACACGGCCAUGGUCCUUCUGAUCUGGGUGGACACCCGACUCCACACACCCAUGUACUUCCUCCUCAGCCAGCUGUCCUUUCUGGACAUCUUCUUUACGUCAGUCACUGUCCCCAAGAUGAUAGUGGGCGUUCUCUUUGGUUGGACAAGCAUCUCCUUUGGGGGCUGCGGGGCGCAGAUGUUUUUCUUCAUGUUCCUGGGGGCUGCAGAGUGCCUCCUGCUGGCCCUCAUGGCUUAUGACCGCUACCUGGCCAUCUGCAACCCUCUGCGCUACCCGGCACUCAUGAGCCGCCAGGUGUGCCUGCUCAUGGUCGUGGCCUCCUGGCUGGGAGGAUCCCUCAAUGCCUCCAUUCAGACUUCCCUGACCCUUCAGUUCCCCUACUGCGGCUCUCGGAAGAUCUCCCACUUCUUCUGUGAGGUGCCCUCGCUGCUGAUGCUGGCCUGCGCCGACACGGAAGCCUAUGAACAGGUGCUAUUUGUGACUGGCGUGGUGGUCCUCCUGGUGCCCAUUACCUUUAUCACCACCUCCUACGCCCUCAUCCUGGCCGCUGUGCUCCGGAUGCGUUCUGCCGAGGGGCGUCAGAAGGCCCUGGCCACAUGCUCCUCCCACCUGACAGUCGUCAAUCUCUUCUACGGGCCCCUUGUCUACACUUACAUGCUACCCGCUUCCUAUCACUCUCCAGGACAAGAUGAUGCAGUGUCUGUCUUCUACACCGUUCUCACACCCAUGCUCAACCCUGUCAUUUACAGCCUCAGGAACAAGGAAGUAACAGGGGCAAUGAAGAAAGCAAUGGGAAGGUGUGGGGUCAGUAGGAGUGUGUGAGACCUGAGAGGACGAAGAGGCCAAGCACCUCAGCUCUUAGCAUCAUCAUAUGCACUAAAGGCUGAGGCAAAGAGA